UAGCUAACUAUGUCAACUGAUCAUCCCCACGUCAACCGCCCAAAUAAUGUUGCACCUGAGGAAGAAAUCAAGCCGCCUAGCACAUAUGGGAGCUUCCCGCUAGACGAGGCAGUGAUAGAGAGCCUCCCGGUCCCAGGCACAAAGCUCAUAUCGUCCCAUAGUUAUGGAAUGUCUCUCUGGGGGCGAUGUGCACGGAUAGUUACUGAGUUGCCAGAUGGCACGAUCAAGAGAUACUUCCUCAAGGUAGCCAGAGGACCAUCCGCCUCAAUCAUGUGUGAGGGAGAGUUUGAGUCCAUGAAAGCCAUCAAUGAAGUCUCACCAAGCCUUGCACCAAAACCAUGGGCCCGCGGGAAAUAUAAAAACGAAGACAGUUACUUCAUGCUUACAGAUUUCCGAGAUGUCGGCAAGCAGCCUCCAGAUCCCGUCAAGUUCACUGCAAGACUGGCUGACAUGCACAUGAGGUCGGUUUCUCCGACGGGCAAAUUUGGUUUCCAUACCACUACCUGUCAUGGCACCAUAACUCAAAUCACCGAUAUAUGGGAAGAGUCAUGGGCAGUCCUCUAUCGCAAACAGCUGGCGCAUAUGUUUGCCAUGGACUUAGAAAAGCAUGGGUCAUGGCCCGAGUUUGAGCAGCUGUGUGACCUCAUCUUGAAAAAAGUUAUCCCCAGGCUUUUGGAGCCUCUUCAGAGUGAAGGUAGAAGUAUCAAACCAUGUCUUCUUCAUGGAGAUUGCUGGGAUGAGAAUACGGCAACAGACAUGCAGACUACAGAACCGUUCAUUUUCGAUGCGGGCUCUUUCUACGGACACAACGAAUAUGACACCGGAAAUUGGAGGGCCCCAAGACAUCGUCUGAGCGGUAAACUGUACGUGAAGAAUUACAAGCGUAAUUUUUUUCCUUCGGAGCCGAGUACGUAUAUGCCUCUUGGCCCAGGUACCCAUGAAGAAUGAACAUCAGUUAUAUUCAAACUAACGCAAUGUAGAGGAGGAUUGGGACGGUAGAAACCUUCUAUACUCGCUGAGAUUUAAUAUUGGAACAUCCAUUCUCAUUCCCGGCUGCAACCAGCGGGAAAUGUGAGUAUUAACUCUCCCUUUUUCUUCCCUGAGAAUAGUACUGAAACUACAAAGUGUUUUUGAGGAUAUGAAAGAACUGUACCGUAGAUACUGUCCCGAAGACAGCCCUACUCUCAUUCAACGGGCACAAAACCCUGCAGGUACCGAGGAG